CGGUAAGCCAAUGUCUGUAACGUCCGAUAACUCGACGACCUUUAUUGGAGCCAGUAAUGAAAUCGCAUCUUUUUUCUCAAAAUACUCAGACGACAUCAAGUCAGAUCAUAGCAAUAGGGAUAUUGAGUUCCGCCGUAUACCCCAGUACACAUCCCACUUCAGGCGUUUAUGGGAGUCUGCUGUCAAAUCAGUCAAAUUUCACCUUAAACGCAUCUUAAAUUUAACACAUUUAACGUACGAAGAGAUGACCACGUGUCUGGUUCAGAUUGAAGCCAUCCUAAAUUCCAGACCACUCACACCUCUUUCUUCCGAUCCUUCCGACCUUACUUGCCUCACUCCCGCUCAUUUCCUCAUAGGACGCUCACUCUUGUCGGUUCCUCGCUCAAUGGUCAGCGAUACAAACAUCGCCGCCAUGGAUCGCUACCAACGCAUCGAGGCGCUCAAGCAGCACUUCUGGCGGAGAUUCUCGGCUGAAUACGUCUCUCUGCUACAACAGCGCAUGAAAUGGCAGAGGGGCUCAAUCACAAGUCUCCAGCUAGGUAGCCUGGUGCUCGUGAAAGACAGAACGCAGCCACCACUUUUAUGGCUGCUUGGAAGAGUGGAGAAGGUGCACCCAGGACAGGACGGAGUGGCUCGCGUGGCAGAGAUCAAAACAAAGAAGGAAGUCAUCACGCGGGCCUUUAACAACAUUUGCCCCCUUCCGAUUUCCAACUCGCGCGGGCAGGAUGUUUAG